ACGUAUACAUUCAAAAAUUUGAAAAUGGAUCAGGACCUUUAUCUACUAUUGGGAGUAGGCAAAAGAGCCACAGAAGAUGAGAUCGCAAAGGCCUAUAGGCGUAUGGCACUGAUAUACCAUCCGGACAAGAACGAUCAUCCCGAGUCUGUGGAGCAUUUCAAGAAGAUACGAGCUGCCUUCGACGUGCUGUCCAACAAGUGGACUCGAGCAGACUAUGAUAGACAACAUAGAACAAAGCCAAAGCCUGAAAAUCGGAAGCCGACACAUAGCACCACUCAACAGAGCACGGCACUGAAUAUAUUCCCUACCCUUUGUGUCAUUGGUGGAGCCAUUUUCGGCGCGGCUAUAGCCAUCUCUACCAACAAAUGGUUCAACAGUGAGGAAUCGGAAGGCAGCGAUAAAGAAUCGAAAAACGACAAAUAAAUCUGUUUAACUUAUACCAAAACUCAAGUGAAAAUAUAUGUCAGUAUCUGCCUUCUAAAAUGAA